AUGAACCAAAUUCAUUCGACUAUAUUAAAAAAGGGUAUUUUAAAUAUCAAACCACAAAUUCGUAAUAUUACAAAAUGUACCAAUACAAUAAAUUAUAAUAAUAAUAAUAUCAAUAAUAGAUAUUUUACAUCAAUUAAUAAAAACAAAAAUAUUGAAAAUCUUCUUCAACAACAACCACAACAACAACCACAACAACAACUACAACAACAACCAAUACUAUUUGUACAAAAUCAAAAUAAUAUAAAUUAUUUUAAAAGAGAAUAUACAAAUAUUGGUGGUACAUCGCCAAAUAGACAAUCAGUACCAGAGAACAGUACAACAAAAACAACAGCAACAGCAACAGUAGAAACAGAUAAUGUGGUUAACUCUUCAACAACUUUCACAUUACCAAAAGAAGUAGAAGAAGAAAUUAUUGAUAAAAACGAAAGAGGAAAAGAACAAGAACAAGAAAAUAAACAACAAAAAGAACAAAAAGAUGAUAAUAAAAGUGGUAGUAUCUUUUCAAUAAAAGGUUGGUUAACAAUUUCAAUCUUAUCAGUUUUAGCAUUAGGUACCAAAUUAGUAAUUGAUCCACCUCAAAAUAUUGAUAAAUUAGAUUUAGCAUUCAUCAGAAAUUUAAGAGUUUUAUAUGCUGGAUUUAAAAUUACAUUUUAUUAUAAAUAUUAUUUAAUGGGAUUAAAUAGAGGUGAUGAAGGAUUUGCAGAAAAUAUUCAAAUUGCACAUAAAUUAGCAGCAAAAGCAAUGGUUGAUUUAUGUUAUCAAAAUAAAGGUAUCUUUAUUAAAGUUGCACAAAUCAUUGCAUCAUUAGAUCAUAUUCUUCCACAAGAAUAUAUUAAAUCAUUAUCAAUAUUUCAAGAUCAUGCUCCAUUUGUAACUUUUGAAGAAGUUGAAAAAUUAUUUAAAAUUGAAACUGGUAAACAUCCAGAUGAUAUGUUUAUUGAUUUUGAAAGAUUACCAAUUAAUUCAGCAUCAUUAGCACAAGUUCAUAAAGCAAAAUUAAAAUUAGAAAAUGAUGAAAUUAUUGAAGUUGCAGUUAAAGUUCAAUACCCAGGAUUAAUGAAUAAAUUUCAAAAGGAUAUGGAUUCAUUGGAUAAUGUUUUAACUUAUAUUACAUUAUUCUUUCCAAGUUUUCAAUUCUCAUGGAUAUUGGGAGAGGCAUCAUCAUGUUUAUCACAAGAAUUAGAUUUUGUAAAUGAAGCUAAAAACAGUGAAAAAAUGAAACAAUUAUUUAUUGGAAACCAACAAUUAUCAAUACCAAAGGUUUAUUGGAACCAUACAACCAAACGUAUACUGACAAUGGAAUUUAUACAUGGUGUACGUAUUGAUAAUAGAGAGGGAUUGGAUAAAUUGGGAAUCGAUUUAAAAGAAUUGUAUUAUUUAUUCUCUGACAUUUUCGCACAACAAAUUUUCGUUCAUGGUUUCUUACAUUCUGAUCCACAUCCUGGUAAUUUAUUAGUAAGAAAAACCCCAAAUGGUAAACCUGAUUUGGUUCUAUUGGAUCAUGGUUUAUAUAAGAAAAUCGAUGAAAAUGUUAGAUUGGAUUUUUGUCACCUUUGGAAAUCAUUAUGUUUAGGUGAUGCUAAAACUAGUGAAUUCUAUGCUGAACGUUUAGGUGCUGGAAUUUAUGCAAAACAUUUGGGUAUACUUUUAAAUUUAAAUCCUUCAAAAUCAAGAGAAAAUUUAAGAAAUAUGAAAAGAGAAUUAAAAGAUCAAACUUUAGUUGUAAUUAAUGAAAUUUUAAAAAAUUUACCAAAAGAAAUUUUAUUAGUUUUAAAAACAAAUAAUUUAAUUAGACAAAUUACAACUCAUUUUGGAAUUGAAAAUGGAUUUUUAAAUAUGGCAAAAACAUGUAUUAAAGGAAUUUAUACAGGAAAUGAUAUUAUCACAAAAUUAAAAUAUUAUUUAACACUUUGUAUUUUUAAUAUUGAAAUCAAAGUAAUCGAUUUUAUAAAAAAGAGAAAACCACCACAAGUUGAAAUUCCCUCAACUUAUCAUCAUCAUCAUUAA